AAUCCCUUCCGGCUUUCCUCACUCUCUGGUCUCUUCUUCAGUGGAAUGCUUACACCUCUACUCCGAUGGCUCAAGUGGGUCUUCCUUUAACCGAAAGUUCUUUAGUUUUUGGACCAAAUUACAUCCAAAAUUCAAUCUUUCCAUCUGGGUUUCCUGUAUCUCAAAGACCCUUUUUCGGAAUUGCCUUGAAAUUUCAAUUGCACAAGGUAAAGAAGCAAAGCACCAGAAUUAUUACUGGUUCUUUAUUAGCUAAUAAGAAUGUUGUUGAUGAGAAAGAGUUUCAAUUCAAACCCUCCUUCGAUGAGUACUUGAAGGCCAUGGAGUCGGUGAAAGCUAGCAGAGAAAAGCAGGGCCCUCAAAAUUCAAAAAAAGAUGGGAAUUCGAGGGGCAAAAGAGCGAAUCAAAAUGAUACAUUGAAGGAUUCUGAUAGGAAAGACAAUAGUUUUAGCAAAGGGGAUGAAGAAGAUGGUGAAUUAAGGGGCAUUGGAGGGGAAGUUUCUAGUGUGUUUAUGGGAAAAGAAGGGAAAGAUGAUAGGCUUAGUAAGACUGUUAAAGUGAAGAAGAAGAAUGUUGAGUUGAAGAAGACGAGGAAGCCUAUGAAGAAGUCUUCUACUAGUGGUGAGAAUGACAGCAAUGAGAGUGAGGCUUUACAUAUAAUUGAUAGGGCUGCAUUUAAACCAUUGGAACAACUGGAUGAUGUUUAUGAUAAGCCAAGAAUUACCAGGGUGGAUAUGGAAGAGAGGAUUCAGAAACUAGCUAAAUGUCUCAAUGGUGCAGAUAUUGACAUGCCUGAGUGGAUGUUUUCUAAAAUGAUGCGAAGUGCCAAGAUUAGAUUCUCAGAUCAUUCAGUGCUGAGGAUCAUCCAGAUAUUGGGUAAGCUGGGAAACUGGAGGCGUGUGCUUCAAGUCAUUGAGUGGAUUCAGUUGCGCGAGCGCUUCAAAUCGCAUAAGCUAAGAUUCAUUUACACAACUGCACUUAAUGUGCUAGGAAAGUCGAGGAGGCCUGUGGAGGCACUCAACUUGUUUCAGUCAAUGCAGCAACAAAUGUGCACAUAUCCAGAUCUUGUAGCUUAUCGUUGUAUUGCUGUCACACUUGGACAAGCAGGACACAUGAAGGAACUUUUUCAUGUAAUAGAUUGCAUGAGGUCUCUUCCGAAAAAGAAGUUCAAGACCGGUUUUCUUGAAAAAUGGGAUCCUCGAUUGGAGCCAGAUGUUGUUGUCUACAAUGCAGUUCUAAAUGCUUGUGUGAAGCGCAAAAAUUGGGAAGGUGCAUUCUGGGUGUUGCAGCAGCUAAAGCAACAAGGCCAGCCUCCCUCGAGCACGACAUAUGGUCUAGUCAUGGAGGUGAUGCUUGCAUGCGGAAAGUACAACUUGGUUCAUGAUUUUUUCAGGAAAAUGCAAAAAACAUGUAUUCCAAAUGCCUUAACUUACAAAGUUCUUCUGAACACUUUGUGGAGGGAAGGUAAAAUUGACGAAGCUAUAUUAGCUGUUGAAGAAAUGGAAAGGCGAGGAAUUAUUGGUACCGCCAGUUUGUACUAUGACCUGGCUCGUUGCCUUUGUAGUGCCCAAAGGUGUCACGAGGCACUAAUGCAAAUCGACAAAUUAUGCAGAGUUGCAAAUAAGCCUUUGGUGGUGACGUUUACUGGAUUGAUUCAAGCAUGUGUUGAUUCUGGUAAUGCUAAAAAUGGAGCAUAUAUCUUUGAACAUAUGCAGAAGUUCUGUUCUCCAAACUUGGUUACCUAUAAUAUAAUGCUAAAGGCCUUCCUGAAUCAAGGGAUGUUUGAAGAAGCAAAGCAGUUGUUUCUGAGAUUAUUAGAAAACAGCCACACUAUAAAUAGUAAAUCAGAUUACAAAGAAAAGGUUACACCAGAUCUUUACACAUUUAACACGAUGCUGGAGGGAUGUGCUGCAGAAGAGAAGUGGGACGAUCUUGAGUGGGUAUAUGUAGAGAUGUUAAAAUCUGGUUACCACUUCAAUUCAAAACGUCAUCUUCAAAUAAUAUUGGAUGCCAGCAAUGCUGGAAAGGGAGAACUCUUGGAGAUGGUCUGGAUGCAUUUGGUUCAGGGAGAUCAGAUUCCGCCAUUCCUGCUGAUUAGCCAAAUGUUUCGCAUAAAACUGGAGCAAGGUAACUUCACUGCUGCUCUCUCUUGCUUUGCUUGCCAUCCUUCUAUUAACUCGCAGGCAUUUUCCACCAAGUGGUGGUUAAAGUUCUUCGCGGACAACGUUCAUAGCUUGGAGAAGGAUACAUUUGUCAAGCUGAUGCACUCUGCGAAUUCAUUGGUUGCCAGAACCGAUGCCCAAAAUCUCAUACUCCAAAAUCUAAAGCUAUCCUGUAUGGAAUUUUUAAGCCAGCAGAUGGCAUCUAAUGAACUUAGUUUAACAGAAGUAGCUGAUAGAACUCAUUGCACAAGCACAACUGCUUUUGUAUAUUAACUACAUCUAUAUCUAUAGUGCAUGUUAUCUUGUCAGUGUAAAUGUAAGGCGAUUCAUUUUCCCUUCCUGGCAUUUCAUGUCUUGAAGAUCAUGGAUUGUUCUCCUCCAACUGUUUUGCUGAGCAGGCAAUCUUUUAUGUGGAUUCUUAAACAGCUUUUUCCUUCA